UCGAAACUUCGCGACGCGUUGCAACCCUUGCAUUUUUUCGCUUGCUCUUGUAGGUAGAUUGAAAACAUUUUUAUUGCAAAUAAGCCGAAAAUACCCGAGGGCGAACCGAGAAACUGGCAAACAUGGCUGGCGGCAACACCCCGCGUGUGAUCCAGGUGACCAACAUAGCGCCGCAGGCCACCAAGGACCAGAUGCAGACGCUGUUCGGCAACAUUGGCAAAAUAGAGGAGAUCCGCCUGUAUCCGACAAUCCGGGACGUCUCCUGUCCGGUGCAGUCCCGCAUCUGUUACGUGAAGUACACGGAGACGACCAGUGUGCCGGUUGCCCAGCACCUGACCAACACGGUGUUCAUCGAUCGCGCCCUGAUCGUGAUCCCGGUGCUGGCCAUUCCCGAGGAGUACCGGGCCCUGGAGAUGCUCAAGAACGGAACCAUUGUGCCAGGCCUUCAGAAGCCGGACUCCAAGCUGCCGCCGGAGGUCAUCAACCGCAUCGAGGGCCAACUGCCGCAGCAGGUGAUCAAGACGUACGACCCCAAGCUAGUCGAGUUUAAUCUGCCGGAGUACCCCGCCCUGCCCUCCUUUUACGAUGGCCGCAAGAUAGAGGAGAUCCGCCGCACCAUCAUCGUGUGCGACGUGAAAAACGAGUGGCGCCUGGAUGACCUGAUGGACUGCUUUCAGCGCGCCGGCGAGGUGAAGUACGCUCGUUGGGCAGAGAAGGACAACAAGACGUACUGCAUGAUCGAGUUCUGCGAACAGACCAGCAUUAUCCACGCCCUCCGUAUGCAGGGCCAGGAGUUUAAGGGCGGCCACCUGAGCGUCUACCACUCCACCUACUCAAUAACCAAACCGGAGGCCAAGUCCAAUGAAGCAGCCCAGGCGGAGAUCGAAGAGGCCAUGACUAUUGUAAAGGAGGCGCAGAGUAUGAUCUCUGCCGCCAUUGACCCGGUGAUUGGUAUGCUCGCCAAGGACAAGCGGCGUAGGUCGCGAUCACGUUCUCGUUCACGUGAACGUCGCACUAGUCGCUCCCGCUCGCACCGUUCCACAUCGAGGCGGCGUUCAAGGCGAUCUGGCUCCAGGGAGCGGCGCAGUGUGUCCCGUUCCCGUCGCUCACGCUCGCGGGGCAAGCACUCAUCCCGAUCCCGCAGCAAACGCUCUAGAUCCCGGCAUCGUCGCAGCACUUCGCGCUCCAGGAGAUCCCGCUCUCGCGGCGGCAAACACUCUCGCUCCUCAAGAUCGCGUGGCAAGCGUUCUAGGUCCCGCCAUCGCCGUAGCACCUCGCGCUCCCGCAGCUCACGUUCCCACGGAGCUGGAGGAGGGGGCAGUGGAAACGGCAAGCGAUCCCGAUCUCGCGAGCGCAGCAAGAAGUCGCAUCGCAGCGAGAAGCGCUCGUCGCGUUCACCCCGCUCCAGGAGCAAGCGCAGCUCACCAUCACCGCCGCCGGCAACCAGCAGCAGCAAGUCACGCUCCAGUCGCAGCAAGGACCCGGCUCUAGUGUCCUCCAAGUCAUCGCGGCGGCGCGACCGCUCACGGACUCCAGAAGCACGCAAACUGAAAUCCAUCUCCGAGGACUUGGAAGUAAAGAGCUCACGCUCCAGCGCCGAUUCAAAGUCACGCAAAUCGGUGAGCGUUGAGAAGUCGGACAACAUGGACAUCUCCAACUCCCCCUAGACAUAUAGAGAUUGAACACUAUUUUCUAACAAAUACAAAACUUAAGAGCCCUUUUCUGCAUUAUAACCCGAUACCAAUUAUCUUCAAUGAGAUUUGUAUUCCAACCACACUCUGUCCUAGUUCCCAAGCAUAAAGUAUAUUUAAAAAUGCAAAUUUUUCGCAUUCUUUACUCAAGGGAAGCCUUAAGAAAUGGCAGGAAUAGCUGUUGCUAUGAGAAACAUUUACGAUCGUUUAGCACACCCUGCAUCUCUUAGUUUCUUACUGAAUAUAGCUUGAUUAUUUCUUGGGACCCCUUAAAAUAAAAUCUGAUUUAUACAUAAACAUAAUUACUAAGCAUAUAAAAGAUUUUUGAAUAAACAAUUUCUUUUGUA